AUGUCGUCCUCACCUUUUCCCACAUGGGGGGGGGAUGGAGCAAGAGCUGUGAGGAAGCGCAAGCGCCUGUCGCUGAUUGCGCAGCAAGCUGCAGAGGCUACUUUCGUGGCAACUGUGGUGGUAGCGGCGGAAGACGCCGCAAAGCAGGGGGCAGCGGCAAGAGAGAGGGAUGCCGCAGCGCGCGCGUCUAGGGCAGCCACUCAAGCUCGGGUUGGGGGACGAUUCUCAAAGGCUUCCACAAGCCAAUGCGGGGGUUCAGGGAUGACGGUGCGGCCAGCGGAGCAGCAAUUGCGUCUGGAGAACAGAAAUGUGAAGGCGGAGUUAGCAAAGAUGAUCAAGGACAGAAAUGCGGAAAAGCGGGAGGAACAAACACCGGCAGAAAUAGAGAAAGAGAGAGACGAGCUUAGGGUCAAGCUGGCUCAAAAGGAAAAACAACACAGAAUACUGCGGAGAAAGUUCCAGGCCCUCCAAUUCGUACACCGCAAAACAGCAGCUGAACUGGCUGUAGGAAAUCCCCCUCCCCCACGCCCCAUCGGUGGGGAUUCUGCCCCUACUCUGCUUAAGAUGGCGGCUGAGCUGAACUCUUUCUUGGAGACAAGAUUUGCAAGCCCAGCUGAUAUCCAAAAGGGCCUUCUUGAGCACUACUCCCGCAACCGGCACCUCUAUUCCCUCAUCCUCCAAUCUGAGAUUACCCAGAACCAAUUCGACGAGGUCUGCGCGCGCAAUCCAGCGUGGUGCCAGACUACACAACGGGAUUUCGUCAAGGAGAUCACUGCCCACUACACUCUAGCUCGGUGCCUCACAUUCCAGAUCAUCUGCCGGGUGGGCCAUCAGGAAAAGUACCAGGACGCAAUCAACCUGUUGGCUAAGGUCUUCAACACAAAAACCAAGAAGUGGGACCGGGUUGAGAUUGGAUACAAGGGGGGGCCUAAGGAGAGUAGGCUCCACAUACCUCUCCUCAAGAGCAAAAACGAAGUUAGCAAGUUCCGGAAGGAGAUCCACGCAAAAAACCCGGUGCUGCAAGACGAAGACGGGACGGCGGCGUGGCUGCAGGACCUCCCGGCCAUCCUUGAGGAGGACAUUGUCAACGAGCGCACCCGCGGGUACCUGGAGAGCAGGAAGGGGUUGAGCGAGGACGAGCUGCGGGUGCACUUUGGGGGCGAUGCGGCGAGCUACUUCAGGGCUGUGAGCACCAGCAAGUUUGCGGUUAAACUGAUUGUAGACGGGCAGCAGGUUAACCAUAACCCAAGGAGCAUGCGGAGCCUUCUCCAGUUCGAGGGGAAAGACAGUUACGAGACGUGCAAGCGGUACUACAGCCCUUUCAUUCCGGUGAUAGACCAGCUUCAAAAGGAGGGCAUCGAGGUGGACAACACCCACUACAAACUUAUCCUCACACUCGGGGGCGACUACGUCUGGCUUGCGGAGAUUCAUGGCCACUCCGGCCACUCGCACACCAGCGGCUGCCUAUUCUGUUACUGCCCCAAGUCCAACUAUGGGGCAGUCGUGGUCAAGAACGGGCGGCGCGUUCCAGAGGGAACACGGCGCAGAACCACAGAAGAGAUGCACGCAGGCGCUCACAGGCCCCUUAAAACAGGGCCAAACGAAAAAUGCCCCCACUGGCCCCAGCGCUUCCCUGACCAGGCGACCGUAGACGCACUCCCCGGACCCCAAAACAAAAACCAACAUAAAGAUUACGCCACCACUCACCACGGAAUGAGGUUUGGAACACUGGCCCCCCUCCUGCCCAUUGGCAUCCUCGCCGUCUACCUCUGCAUCCUCCACACACUACUGCGUUUGGCAGCCACCACAUUCCAGCGCACAAUCGAGUCCAACCUGAACACGCAGGAGAAAGUGGACAUCAUCAACGACUUCAUCAAGAAACUGAACCUGGGGUGCAAGAAAGUUGUAAUCCGAAAGAGAGACGGGAACUCGAAGAAAGACACGGAGGCAAUCAACUUCAUUGGGCGGGAGGCGCUCGUGAUCCUGGACGAGAGGGUGUACACAAGAAUCUGUGAGUCGGUCAUCGACGAGCCUGACAAGCGAGCAACCUGCAUCUUGGUGUGGGCCUCGCUUGCGGCGUUCAACCGGGAGCUCCGUGCUCCUAUGCUAAACCCCAAGGAUGUGGCCCAGCGCACAGCAAAAUCUAUUCUGGUGCAGAACCUAGCAGUCGGAUUCGUUGACGCCUACACAAUGGCAGGGUUUGGGGACAUGUGCACCCUCUAUAUGCACCUCAGCAUGGAGCACAUCCCUGAGCAGAUUCGAGGGCUGCCGUUAGAUCUGAGCGUGGUAUCCCAGCAGGGGCUUGAGCACCUUUUGAAGAUGGGAAAAACGGAUGCUCACCUGUUCUUCAACAAGCGGAAGCGGGGGGAUGGGCAGGAGUCAGGGAGAAACCAGCAGGUUCUGCACAAGGAGCAGGAGCGGAAGAGGAUGAAGGCGGAGAUUGCCCUGCCGAAAGGAAGAACGGAAAGGAGGAUGGAUGCGGACCAGGAUAUCCUUGCCCGAAAUAAGGUGGAUCGAGCAGAAGCCAGGGGAGUCUUGAGCAGGACGGACGAGAUGAUAAGAAAGCGGGUGGAAAAGGCAUAG